AUGUCGAGACCCCAGGGACUCUUAUGGCUUCCGCUGGCCUUCACCCCUGUCUGCGUCAUGGUCAACUCCAACGUCCUGCUGUGGAUCACCGCCCUGGCCGUCAAGUUCACGCUCAUCGACAGCCAGGCCCAGUACCCCGUGGUCAGCACCAACUACGGCAAGAUCCGGGGCUUGAGAACGCCGCUGCCCAAUGAGAUCCUGGGCCCCGUGGAGCAGUACCUGGGCGUCCCUUACGCCUCGCCCCCCACCGGGGAGAGGCGCUUCCAGCCCCCCGAGCCCCCGUCCUCGUGGACCGGGGUCCGCAAUGCCACGCAGUUUGCCGCCGUCUGCCCCCAGCACCUGGACGAGAGGUCUCUCCUGCACGACAUGCUGCCCGUGUGGUUCACGGCCAACCUGGACACCCUGAUGACGUACGUGCAGGACCAGAAUGAAGACUGCCUCUACCUGAACAUCUACGUGCCCACGGAGGACGGAGCCAACUCAAAGAGAAACGCUGAUGAUAUAACCAGUAAUGACCGUGGUGAAGAUGAAGACAUCCAUGAUCAGAACAGCAAGAAGCCGGUGAUGGUGUACAUCCACGGCGGGUCCUACAUGGAGGGCACGGGCAACAUGAUCGACGGGAGCAUCCUGGCCAGCUAUGGCAAUGUCAUCGUCAUCACCAUCAACUACCGCCUGGGCAUCCUGGGGUUUCUGAGCACCGGCGAUCAGGCGGCCAAAGGCAACUACGGGCUCCUGGAUCAGAUCCAGGCCUUACGCUGGAUCGAGGAGAACGUCGGGGCCUUCGGCGGAGACCCCAAGAGAGUCACCAUCUUCGGCUCGGGCGCGGGCGCCUCCUGCGUCAGCCUCUUGACCUUGUCUCACUACUCAGAAGGUCUCUUCCAGAAGGCCAUCAUCCAGAGCGGGACCGCCUUGUCCAGCUGGGCCGUCAACUACCAGCCCGCCAAGUACACGCGCAUCCUGGCAGAUAAAGUGGGCUGCAACAUGUUGGACACCACGGACCUGGUGGAGUGCCUGCGGAACAAGAACUACCGCGAGCUCAUCCAGCAGACCAUCACGCCGGCCACGUACCACAUCUCCUUCGGGCCCGUCAUCGACGGGGACGUCAUCCCCGACGACCCCCAGAUCCUCAUGGAGCAGGGCGAGUUCCUCAACUACGACAUCAUGCUGGGCGUCAACCAGGGCGAGGGGCUCAAGUUCGUGGACGGCAUCGUGGACCACGAGGACGGCGUGACGCCCAACGACUUCGACUUCUCCGUCUCCAACUUCGUGGACAACCUCUACGGCUACCCGGAGGGCAAAGACACGCUGCGGGAGACCAUCAAGUUUAUGUACACGGACUGGGCGGACAAGGAGAACCCGGAGACGCGCCGCAAGACCCUGGUGGCCCUCUUCACGGACCACCAGUGGGUGGCCCCCGCCGUGGCCACCGCGGACCUGCACGCCCAGUACGGCUCGCCCACCUACUUCUACGCCUUCUACCACCACUGCCAGAGCGAGAUGAAGCCCAGCUGGGCCGACUCGGCCCACGGCGACGAGGUCCCCUACGUCUUCGGCAUCCCCAUGAUCGGUCCCACCGAGCUCUUCAGCUGCAACUUCUCCAAGAACGACGUGAUGCUCAGCGCGGUGGUCAUGACGUACUGGACCAACUUCGCCAAGACCGGUGACCCCAAUCAGCCCGUUCCGCAGGACACCAAGUUCAUUCACACAAAACCCAACCGCUUCGAGGAAGUGGCCUGGUCCAAGUAUAACCCCAAAGACCAGCUGUAUCUGCACAUCGGCCUGAAGCCCCGCGUGCGGGAUCACUACCGAGCCACCAAAGUGGCCUUCUGGCUGGAGCUGGUGCCGCAUCUGCACAACCUGAACGAGAUAUUCCAGUACGUGUCCACCACCACCAAGGUGCCCCCUCCCGACAUGACCUCCUUCCCCUACGGGACCCGGCGGUCGCCCUCCAAGAUCUGGCCCACGACCAAGCGCCCGGCCAUCACCCCCGCCAACAGCAACCCCAAACACGCCAAGGACCCCCACAAGACGGGCCCCGAGGACACCACGGUCCUCAUCGAGACCAAGAGGGAUUACUCCACCGAGCUGAGCGUCACCAUCGCCGUGGGGGCGUCGCUGCUCUUCCUCAACAUCCUGGCCUUCGCCGCCCUCUACUACAAGAAGGACAAGAGGCGCCACGAGACGCACCGGCGCCCCAGCCCGCAGAGGAGCGCCGCCAACGACAUCGCGCACAUCCAGAACGAGGAGAUCAUGUCCCUGCAGAUGAAGCAGCUGGAGCACGACCACGACUGCGAGUCGCUGCAGGCGCACGACACGCUCAGGCUCACCUGCCCGCCCGACUACACGCUCACGCUCCGCCGCUCUCCCGACGACAUCCCGCUCAUGACCCCCAACACCAUCACCAUGAUCCCCAACACGCUCACGGGCAUGCAGCCGCUGCACACGUUCAACACCUUCAGCGGGGGCCAGAACAGCACAAACAUCCCACACGGACACUCCACCACCAGGGUAUAG